AUGUCUAAUGAAAACUAUUUGAAGGAUUCGACUAAGCUAAUAAGGAAAGGUUGUCCUAGAAAGAAUAUAUAAUUGUUAGAAAGAGUAAAGAAUAACAAUAUUAUAAUGAAUAAACUAGAGGAAAUGGAAAUCUUGAGAAGAUAAGUUUAUUCUUUAAACAAAAUUUUAGAGAGCUAUCUCAACAGAAAUGCGUCUUUCUAUAAAAAAACUGCUCUUAUUGUAAUUAGCAAGGCAAAGUUAUUUUUGUAACAAUGGUACGAGCUGAUAAGAUCACACUUUAAAUAUAAAAAGCCAAACAUUAAAAUGAUACAGUUGUACUUAUAUGAAUUGCUCAAGUACACUCAGAAUUUGAGCAUUAAAUUUUAGAGAGAAGAAUCAUACCAUAUAGCAUAUUAUUAUUGCAAUGCAUCGAAACAGGUCUUAGAAUAACUCAAUGGAUUUAAAUUUAAAAUUUGGUAGCAUUCAUCAAGAGAUGUUUGGACUGAUUUAAUAAUGGGGAAUAUGUUAUUAUAGAAUUAGAACUAUGAAUUAGCCAGCAUUGAAUUUUAAGAUAGUUUGGUGAGAAUUCAAAAAAAUAUAAAUUAAAUAAUAAAUUAUAAGAUCGAAAAGAGUUUACCGAAAGAAGAAGUCAAAAAGUAUGCUAUAAGAUAAAUGAUUAUGCUAUUUCAUAUAUUUUUUUUACUUUGCAUAUCUUAUCUAUAUUCUGAUAAUUUGUCAAAGUAUUAAGAACUAUUAAAAUUACUGUAUUACUUAAACAAGCAUAAUUAAUAUAAUGGAGAACAAUCUAAACUAUUGAAGGACUUUAUCAAACAACAUAACCUAAAAUUAUAGAUCCACCUCCAAGAACAAGGGGAAAUCUAGAAAAUUAUGUCACAUAUGUAUGAUGUUCCAGAAAUCUAAGCCGAAGAAAAACCUAACUAUAUAGAUGAACACUUCUAUAAGAAAUAUCAAGUAAAGGAAAUGAAUGACCAAGCCUUUUUUAGAACCAAACAUCAAUUUACCAUCAUCAAAUAGAGAUGUUCUAUUAUACUAAAAGGAAAGGAUAAAAGAUAAAAUAGUCCAACAACGAUGUAGUAAACUCAACCACUGUCCUAAUAUUAUGAUACAACAAUUCACCCUAAUGUAAAACAAACUUAAAAUUAAUCUUUAUCUCCUCAUUCUAGUUUUAAAUACUAAUAAUCGUUUUUAAAGAAGAGCAUCAAAAAAGAAAGCUUUUCUUACAUAAAAUCAGAUAGAUAAUCUAUGAAGUAUUUGGACACACAAAUACAAGGUUCUUUAAAGAAAGAGUCAUUUUAUUCAUAUAAUGAACUUAGCAAGGACAUGGAGACGAAUAUUUCGAUCAAUAGCGAUGAAUAAAAGUAAUUGAAAACUGAAAGAUCAAUGUUAAGAUCGAAGAGUUCUAGAGAAAAUAAACAAGAAAUAAACUAAUAGACAAAGAUGGCCAUAUUUAAUCUAAUAGAAGCUAAAUCUCUAUAUUACAUGGAAGUCUAAAAGGCUAGUUCAAAAUUAAAGAACAUAAAAUCAUUCAAAGAUCAGUAAUAGAAAAAGAUGAUAUCAGAUAAAUUAAUUUCAGACAUGAAAUAUAUCUAAAAGUAACCAUCUAUGCUAACAAGUACAGAUUAAUUGGAUGAAAAAGACGGCAAACAGAUCUAUAAAGAUGUAUUCAAUGACCUUAAAACAUUGGCAGACAAUUACGUUAGUAAAUUAUAAAUGUACGAAAAAUCAUAGGCACGCUAAAGAAUAUAUACUUAAUAGUAAUAAGGAAUGAAUUGCUAAUCAAAUUUGAACACUACCAUUUCAAAAUGUAAGGAACUGUCUAAAUCAAUACAAUAAUAAAAAGAAUUCUUUUGA